AUGGAAAGAGGAAACCACACAAGUGCCUCUGAGUUUAUCCUUCUAGGACUGUCCAGUCGGCCAGAGCAGCAGGAGCUGAUCUUUGGGCUCUUCCUUGUCAUGUACCUGAUUGGUGCAGCAGGGAACUUGGUUAUUAUUUUGGCCAUUGGUUCAGACUCUCAUCUUCACACACCCAUGUACAUCUUCCUUAGCAACCUCUCAUUGGUGGACUUCUGCUUCAUCUCUGCCACAGUCCCCAAGAUGCUUAUGAACAUCCAAUUGCAGACUCAGUCCAUUUCCUAUGGGGGCUGCCUAACCCAGAUCUAUUUCUGCAUUUUGCUUGCCAACAUGGACAACUUCCUCUUGACAGCAAUGGCUUAUGACCGCUAUGUGGCCAUUUGCCACCCCCUGCACUACUCCACCAUGAUGAGCCUACAAACCUGCGUCCUGAUUCUGGGGAGCUCCUGGACCAUUGCCAACUUCCAUUCCCUCCUACACACCCUCCUCAUGGCUCGGCUAGAGUUCUGCGCCAGCAAUGUCAUGCCUUACUUCUUUUGUGACCUUGUCCCCCUGCUCCAACUGUCCUGUUCCAACACCCAACUCAACCAGCUCAUGAUUCUCCUGGUAGGGGGUUUGAUUGUCCUCAUUCCCUUCCUUGGCAUUCUUGUCUCUUACACCCACAUUGUGUCUGCUGUGCUCAAGGUUCCAUCUGCCCAGGGCAAACAAAAGGCCUUUUCCACCUGUGGCUCCCACCUCACUGUAGUCACGCUCUUCUAUGGUACCAUUACAGGGGUCUACUUGAGUCCCUCAUCCUCUCACUCAGCUGAGAAGGAUUCACUGGCUUCAGUGAUGUACAUGGUGGUGACACCCAUGCUGAAUCCCUUCAUCUACUGCCUGAGGAACAAGGACAUGAAGGGAGCUCUGAGGAAACUGUUCAGCCUAAAGGCAUUAUCUUGCAGGUUGUGA